UUCAUAGGACACAGCCAUCCAAUGGCUGACCUCUGUUCUAUCAGCUGCAUGUAACGCUUUUUGACGUAUUGGUUGUAAGGAGAAAAGGCUGCAAAAGGAUGAAAAAACACGUGAUAUUCUAUUCACACUACUGUGUAACGUAAAUAAAAUUGAAGUUCAAACUCUCUGAUAGUCUGGUGCCAGAGCCUGCUGUGCCACUAUCAUCUGUUAUGAGAAACCAGAGAGUUAAUUUCGUAGUUAAUGUUAUGUUUUCAUUGAACCAUUGUACUUCUCUAAUUUUCACAAGAAUAAAUCAUUUUCAAACUUUUUUUCUUAUAUAGUUAUUUAAAUAAAAUUUUCGAAUUUUAAUACAAAGUUCUCAACAAUCUAGAUGUACUUACCACUUAAUGAGGGUUACAAGUAUCCAUAUGACAUCAUAUAUUCAGAUAUUUUCAAAACUCAAAAGGAUAUUUGAUCUCUGACUAACAAGAUAAAUAUUAAAAGAUAGCGUCACUUGGUUUAAUUUCCAAUCUUCUAAAUUAAAUUACUUUUCCAUUUUUUUUGUCAACUUCUAACGAAAACUCAUCAAGUCUUUUUGGCUAUAUUUUCGAUGAAUAUAUAUUAUUGUCUUCAAUGUAUUUUUUGAGAAGUUGAAUGUGAUUUCUGUUAAUGUUUUCUCCUUUUUUAAUUUAUAAAAUUUCCAAUUUAAAUACAUAUUGUCAACCAAAUUACUCGAAAGUCAAUUUAAGAUUUUGUUUAUUUUUCUUUCUUGACAGCUGUUAUGAAAAUUUAUAUUCAUCAUGAAGACAUGCUACUUUUUUCUUACCGAAACAAUAGAAACACGUAUACGAAAUCCACUAACGGGUAACGCGUAUUCACCUAAUAUUGAGAAAUAAUGAUUUGCUAAAUUGAUAUGAAUUUACAACUGAUGGGUAAACAAUGAGAAACCGUUCCAUGAUUUAGGUAAUUAAUAUUAGACGUGAUAUAUAAUCAUAAAAUUAUAAUAUUAAUGAGAAAAAUAAACAAAGCAGUAUAAGCAUCGGAUCCAAAUUAUAAGAUAAUUAAUUUAUAAAAGAACAAAAAAAACAGGAAGGAAUUGAUAUAAGACACAAGAUACAGUGAAUAUUCACAACGUGUUGCUCAUUACCUCUUUAACGUGUUUAGCACCUUGAUUCAGACUCGACACUCAGUCGCUACAUGCAUGAUGUUGCUUCGUUGGCUCUAAAUAUAACAGCAUGAUAUUUGGUAAUAGUAACACCUUUAUAUUGGGUAAGUCUUUUUAAUGUACACUUGGAUAUCUGCAUGUUGAUGUGUUUGUGACUUUUGACAACAAAAACUAAAGUUUCGAGUAUUGUCCCUGCUAGUAGUUGGUUAAGGUUUAUCUUUGUCUCAAGUAGCCUUAGUUUUUGGCUACAUACAUCAACCUGAACCUUAUAAGUUUAAUGACAUCACUAUCUUAUCUGAAAGCUGGAUGAUAAUUUUAGUUUAAAGAUACGCAUUGGUAGAGUUUACAAGAAAAGGGAAAGUCAGAACAAACUUAAGGGAGCAUUAGUUGGUGGUUAACCAAUUUUAUCCUAAUGAAAACCACAUCUCUCAAGUUAGCAAUAUCUUCCCAUUUUUAUUAAAAAUAAUGCUUAUAACCUGUUGAGAAAAACAAAAACAAAAACAAAAAUUAGUGCUUAUAACCCAUGGUCAAUAACUUUAGAUAAAGAAAUUAUGUUUGAUCAUUCGUUAUGAUAAUACUAUUAUUCACUUUUUCUUAGAACUUAUUGAAGUUCUCAUUGUAGUUCUCACCAAGUCACCGACGAAACUCAUGAGCGUUGAAAUCCAACCUAACAUGCCACUUUUGCUUUCUUUCAAUCUUCUGUUUUCAGUUUUAUAUAAAAGUAUAUAUUCCUCCUUAUGAGCUUCAAUUAGUUGUAUAUACUCCCUCCAUUUUAAAAAAUCUAUAUUUUAGAAAAAAGAUUGUUUCAAAAAUAUAUGUUUUACAUUUUUAAUGCAUAAAUUAAUUUAAAUUGUAAAUUUUAAAAACAAAAUGAUGUUUAUAAAGAUUUUAUUGAUUAAAAGUUGUGGAAAAUAGUUGAUAACGAAAAACAAUGCAUUCGUAACUAAAAUUUUAUAUAUUUUUUUAAUAAAUUAAAAAAGCUAAAAUAUUCAUCUUUCUGAAACGAAAAGAAUAUUACUUACAAAAUGACUUUAUUAAUCUAAAUCAAACAUUGUGUCUCCAAUGUGCCAGCCAAAAUGGUCCAAAUUUAGUGGUUGGCACUAAGAUAGAUUUGCAAAAUUAACAACAAAACCAUUGGUCAAAGAAAAUAAUUUCGGUUUGUUUUGUAGUGAGUGAGAAAGCAUGACUAAUGUAAAAGCAAAAAUUUAUACAUAGAUACACAUGCCUAUAUAUACAUUAUAAUUUAAUUAUUCUAUAUAAUCACCCAAACCGACAGGCAAAAGAGGAUACCCGCAAAAAACAAUCCAUGUAAAUAAAUAAAAGUAUACACAUCUCUCUCCAAUGGAUGAUCAAAUAGAGAAGAUGAUUCAAGAACAAGAACCGAUGGCUGAGACCAUGCCAAAUGUUAUAACGGCGUUGUCAUCUCUCCUACAAAGAGUUUCAGAGACGAACGACGAUCUGAGCCGUCCGUUAUGGGAGCACCAGAGGAUCUCAGCUUUCAGUGCAUUGACCAAACCUUCUAUAUCGAUCAGAAGCUAUAUGGAGAGGAUCUUCAAGUACGCAAACUGUAGCGACUCGUGUUACAUAGUCGCGUAUAUAUAUUUGGACCGGUUCAUACAAAAGCAGCCAUUUGUGCCUAUUGACUCCUUUAAUGUCCAUAGGCUCAUCAUCACGAGCGUCUUGGUCUCUGCCAAAUUCAUGGAUGACAUGUGCUACAAUAACGCAUAUUAUGCAAAAAUUGGAGGAAUAACCACAGAGGAGAUGAACUUGUUAGAGCUGGAUUUCUUAUUUGGAAUUGGAUUCCAGUUAAAUGUGACGUUGUCUACUUACAACAACUAUUGUUCUUCACUACAGAGAGAGAUGGUUAUGAGGAAUAUGUACUCUCCGCUUUUAGAGCCUUCUUUCUUGACUCUCAAGAGUCUUCAGAUCAGUUUGUAUGACGAAGAUUCACUAUCUAUUCAUCAGAAUAAGCAACUCACAACAGCUGUUUGAUACAUUAUAUCACUUGUGAUAUUGUGUAACCAUGUGCUGAAGGAUAUGUUACAACAUUUUUGAAAACUUUAAAACUCUUUUGGUUGUUACAAAAUUUCACGGAAAUACAAGAUGUAACCGAUUUUUGAAAUUCCUUAACACUUAUAUUUACUGAUUUUUCACAUUUCAGAAACUUGAAAUUUAAGUUUCAAGAGCAAGAAAAUUUGGGUGUGUUUUUUUUUGGAAGAGUAUACAGUAUAUAAAUACACAAAAGUGAAUGUAUUUUUGCAGUUUUAAAUAUUUAGUUAAUAGUUUAUAUAUUAUGCACAUGAAAGGAGGAAAAAUCAAAAUAAUAUUUUUUAUUCAAUUUGUUAAAUUCAAUUGAUUUGUUUUCUUUUCCAUUUCGGAACCUCAAUGCUUUUUCAGCAACAAUGAAACCAAAAAA